AUGGGGGAAGUGUUUGAAUUGUCAACAAAUAGUUCUGACCCUCCUUUGGAAUUGAGAAUUGAUCAGAAAAUAUUUGCUAUUAAAUUGGAAAUGCGUUACAUAAAUGAAAAUUAUUGCGAGAUGCCUUUGUUAAAAGAUGGAGAUUUGGAAGUUUGUGCUACUAAAUAUGAUCCGGAGCCUUUUGCUUGGGUUCAUCGUGCUUUGUUAGCAUUGUACACGCCAAAAUUGGUUUUGUCUGAUGAUGGAACAGUGCUCAAUAAUCGAAUUGUUUUGAAAGAUCAUGAUAUCACCAAGGAACAGUUUUACGAGCUUUUGUAUCAAAUCUAUCGAACAGGACGUCCAAUCUCUUCAAAUUUGGAAAAUCUUUCAAUUGCCGCCACAAAAUUGGAUUGUGAAUUAAUUCUUUGGAAAUUGUGUCGAUUUAUGGCUGGCAAUUCUGAUGAAUUAAAUUUUAUUGAAAAAGUUAGGAAGUCUGCAAAGUUGGGGUUAAACGAGGCAAUUAAACAAAUUAGCUAUAAUGUUGUGAAAACAGGCGAAUGGGAAAUGUUACAAAAUGGAGGUUUUGAUGCUCGUGAAUGUUUUGGGCAAAAAAUUUAUUGUAAUUAUGUUUUGCCUGCAAUUGUUGAGGCAAUCAACGAUAAAAAUAAUGUUAACAAUUCUUUUCUUCGUGCCUGUUUAUACGAACAAAAACAUAAAUGUCCAGUGCCUGGUUUUGAUAGUCCAUACGAAGCAAGUAAUCCAUUCAACGCUAGUAUCGAAUUGGAUAAUAAAAAAUUCAUUUAUGUGAAUAUUGGAAUUCUACAAGCAAAUGAAUGUUUGGAAAAAUUUGCGGGAUUUGAUGGAUCUGGUAAAUUUUCUUGA